GCGCCGAGCUGUUGCAGCUGCAGCUGCUCCUCUUCCUUCUGCUCCUUUUGCAAUCUGGUGCUGAAGGCUAAGAGUUUGGCUAGACCUCCUGAAAAUCGUGGGCAGCAGAGCAAGCGGGAGUCUGGGGAUCAUGUCUGGAAAUCCGAAUGUUGCCUCAGAGCAAAACAACAGCAGCCAGGAAAACAAGGCCCCCAAUCUGCGAACGUCGGAGAAGAAGUGCUCAUGGGCAUCCUACAUGACCAACUCCCCAACUCUCAUCGUCAUGAUCGGCCUGCCCGCCCGGGGCAAGACCUACAUGUCGAAGAAGCUUACCCGCUACCUCAACUGGAUUGGUGUGCCCACCAAAGUGUUCAACUUGGGGGUGUACCGGCGCCAAGCGGUGAAGUCAUACAAGUCCUACGAUUUCUUCCGGCAUGACAACACAGAGGCCAUGAAGAUCCGAAAGCAGUGUGCCCUGGUGGCUCUGGAGGACGUGAAGGCAUAUUUCACUGACGAUUGCGGGCAGAUUGCGGUGUUUGAUGCCACCAAUACCACCCGAGAGAGGAGAGACCUCAUCUUGAAUUUUGCCCAGGAGAAUGCUUUCAAGGUGUUCUUUGUGGAAUCUGUUUGCGACGAUCCCGAUGUCAUUGCUGCCAACAUCCUGGAAGUGAAGGUGUCCAGCCCCGACUACCCCGAGAGGAACCGGGAGAAUGUGAUGGAAGAUUUCCUGAAGAGGAUUGAGUGCUACAAGGUCACCUACCAGCCCCUUGACCCCGACAACUAUGACAAGGACCUGUCCUUCAUCAAGGUCAUGAACGUGGGGCAGCGGUUCCUGGUGAACCGGGUGCAGGAUUACAUCCAGAGCAAGAUCGUCUAUUACCUCAUGAACAUCCACGUGCAGCCGCGCACUAUCUACCUGUGCCGCCACGGGGAGAGCCAGUUCAACCUCUCGGGCAAGAUCGGGGGCGACUCCGGCCUCUCGCCUCGGGGGAAGCAGUUUGCCCAGGCCUUGCGGAAGUUCCUAGAGGAGCAGGAGAUCGCUGACCUGAAAGUGUGGACAAGCCAGCUGAAGAGAACCAUCCAGACUGCCGAGUCUCUGGGCGUCACCUAUGAGCAGUGGAAGAUCCUGAACGAAAUUGAUGCCGGGGUGUGCGAGGAGAUGACCUAUGAGGACAUCGCCAAGCAGUUCCCAGAGGAGUUCGCUCUGCGGGAUCAAGAGAAAUACCUCUAUCGUUAUCCCGGCGGGGAGUCAUACCAAGAUCUGGUGCAGCGGCUGGAGCCGGUCAUCAUGGAGCUGGAACGCCAGGGCAACGUGCUGGUCAUCUCCCAUCAGGCCGUCAUGCGCUGCCUCCUGGCCUACUUUCUCGACAAGGGUGCAGAUGAACUGCCCUACCUGCAUUGCCCACUCCACGCCAUCUUCAAACUGACCCCCGUGGCCUAUGGCUGCAAAGUGGAGGUGAUUAAGCUGAACGUGGAGGCUGUGAACACUCAUCGUGACAAACCAACCCUGCCCCAAGAACCAAACCCCUGUAAGGAUGAGAAGGAACAGCUUUACGCCGCUGUCCAGUUCGGAAUCAAUAAAACGCCCACGCAAUUACAGCGUCGGCAGCCGGCCCCUCAAGCCCUUCAGCCCGCUCCGUUCUCUGGACCCUCAAGAAGGGGCCGACCAGCCGAAGACCCAAGUCAGCAUUCCGGUGGUGUAACCCCCCUGCCUCCCCCGUCCCCUUCCCCCAACCCCCCUCUUCCGUUCCUUCCCCUGACACGAAUCACGUAACACCCCUCUGCCCGCCUGUUCAUUCUGUUUCCGAGCAUGGGGCCAUGUGUUUCUAAAUCAGCUGCUUGAACCAUGCCCAAAUCUGCCCAAGCUCACAGCCUCUUCUAGCCAAAACGGGCUGGGGCUUGGGAACUCUGGAAGAGAUGGAGAAAUAGCUUCCUGACCUGGGAAGCUAUUUUAUGCAGCUGGAGUAGAGUUGAAAUGGUUCUGAGAAGCAUUUCCCAAACACUUGGUUUCUCUCUCCAUUUCUUGACACUAUAUUUGUGUGUGUGUGUAGGUGGUGUGUACACCCCGCUUUUCCUUUUCCCCUAACUUCCCUUGGUCAUUUCUUGCUCUGUUUAGCUUGUUGCUUCACAUUUCCUCUCCUUUCCCCUUGACGGCUGAUGCUCGGAAGCCACGGGGUCUAAGAAAACAGUCAUUCAGUCAGUUGAUCGUAUUUAUUGAGUGCUUACUGCAUGAACAGCCCUGUACUAAGUGCUUGGGAGAGUACAAUCCAACGAUAAAUGGACACAUUUCUGCCCAAACAAACUCACAGUCUAGCCUGGAGUCAUGUGGGUUCCAGCUCGGGGGCUUGGGCUGGACAAUGGGGUAAAAGUGGUCAGAGUUGCCAUCCACCCCCUUUCCUAAGGUGGAGACCUGGCAGGCUAGCCCCCACUUCCCAUCGUUCUGAAACCUUUGCAUGGAUAGAGUCUGCAGAGCUGGGAUACGCCCUUGACCUUACUCUCAAUCCCGUUUUAUUUCUUCUGUUGGGGGGGAAAAUGAGUUUUAUGUGUCAGUCUGUGGGAAGCCAUUGUUGAGGUAACCCAGCAGUGGGCCUCAGCCCCUUAGCCCUUCGUUGCUGGGCAACGUCUCUGAUCCUGUUAGCUCCCGGGGCCUUCGCCAGUGGGGCACCAACAGCGGUUUCCCGGCUGGCAAUCUCACCGGGAUACAACCAGAUUCACGAGCUUCCACGUAUUUCCAGUGUCCCCAUUGUGUGGGGCAGGAGAGGAGGGUGUGGUGUGGAAUCUGGGAUCCUGGCCGCGUAGAAGACAGGCUUACGGGCGUUUAACCCCAUUAGUCAAGGUUUCCGGAUUCUUCUCAGUAAAUCCUGGGAUCAGUGUUUUCCUGGAGUGUUGAUUAAAAUCAUUUAUUUAGUAAACUAAUGCAUAUGUUGCAUUGCAAAAAUCAAUCAGGGACAGUUGUAGCAGGUAUUUUCCAGCCCAGGAUUCUAACCCUGGAAGAUGUGUGGUCAGUAAUCAAUCAAAAAUCGUUAUCGAGAGCAUACUAUGUACUUGGAAGAGUACAGUACAGCAGAGUUGGUGGUUACGUACCCACAAGGAGCCUACAGUCUACAGAAGGAA